GUGUUUAAGUAAAGUAAUGCUCAUAGUAUUGAAAGUGAAAUUUAAAAUAUUCCGGUUAAAAAGUGCAACGGGUUCUCGUCCAUGCAAAUUUUAACUAUCAACAUUUCAGAAGCUUGGAAAGUUAUUUUUGUGUAAUCGACAAAUAUGUACAGUUAUCACACUGUUUUGAUAUAGUCUUUAAAACACGAGAAAAUUGACCCCAUAUAAAUUUCACUGGCAUGGAAUCUGACGACAGUUAUGAGACGGUGUCAGUAAAUCUAAAAGAAGAUACAGAAUCAGACUUAUCUGACAAUCAAAGCAGCGACCAUAGCAAUCAUCAUGACACUAGAGAAGGAAAUUGUUCAAGUUGUGAUGGUUACUUAUCAAAUGGAGAAGUGUCAAAUGAUACUCAUUCACAGAAACAAUACCACAGUUUUUCAAGAAAACUGAAAGAGCAAGGAAAAAAGAUUAAACUACUGGAACAGGAACGUAUAGGCUUUCUUGAACAAAUUGCCAAUCUCUGUUCAUCACUGGAGAAGAAGCAGCAAGAGCUUGUCGAAGUUCUGCAACUAUCUGAGGAGAAGGCGAAAUAUCACGCCCACUAUAUGACUGAGGUUAGCAAUUUAUUAGCUGAACUUGGGACACUAUUUCCAGAAAAUACAAAUAGUUGUACUCAAAAAAAUAAAACUUUAAAGUGUCCAUCAGAAGUUAAUGACAAGAAGGAGAAUUCAAGUUCUACAGAAAAUACACAUGUUAAUGCAUCUUCUACUAAUUCCACAGUAGAUGAUAAUUGCAACUCUGAUUUUCCAAGAGAUAAUCGUGGUCGUGCUCUACUUGAUGCAUUAUCCGUUGCAGUAAAUGCUGCAAAAAAUAUGAAUUAUAGAAAAACUUCAACAAAUGAUUCUCAAAUAUCUCAAGUAUCUGACGUUGUACCGUCUGAAUCUUCAAAUGGCACUAGUCAUCGUAGUGUUUCAUUAACUGCGAAUCGAUUACCUCAACAAUUCAGCCAGCCUCCACCAGCAACAAAAAGUCCCGUAGCCCUAGAAGUUCGUAUAUUACCAUCAUUUUGUUGGAAUGCUGAUCACGUGCUCUAUUGGUUACGUGAAUAUGUUUGUUUGCCAGGUGGAUGUUUAGAAGCUGCUAGUCGACUUCGAAUGGAUGGAAAACAGCUGACAAGUGUAAUUGACAAGAAAGUUGAAAAGUUACUGAAUUUAAAUGAUGCAGGAUUACGUAGGAAAUUUUUUUCAGCAUUAGAAGAUCUACGCAUACAUGGACCACCUGGUUUAUCCCGUCAUCCUGGUGCUAGUCAUAUAACUUAUCAGUGGAUUUGUGAUACUUGGUUAAAGCAUCAUUUAGGCCUUGCACAAUUAAUUCCUUUAUUUGCAAUACGUCGCGUAGACGGUCGAAUGUUGGCCAGCUUAAUUUCUUAUAAACGUGUUAAACAUUCAGGUCAUGGUAGACAUCGUCAUCAUUCAAGUAAACGUAAAAGUAAACAUACCGAUGAUAAUACUGAUAACAAUAUAAGCAAUGUAGUCAUCUCUAAUCCUACUGAUGAUCAAAUCUCCUUGAAGAAUUAUUCUGAACAAAAUCUCGUCAAUGUGAAAUCUAAUAAAGUCAUCAGCAUCAACAGCAAUAAUACUAAUUCUAACUCCGUCACGUCAAUUUCAUCUAGAAACGGUACUAAUAAUACUCACCAAAAUGGCAGUAAUAAUAUUAAUAAUGUGGAAUCCCCUGGACGUAAUUGGCAUGUAUCCGGCCGCAAAGAAAUGUUGCAUAUUUUAUUGGGUUUAUCUUCUAAAGUCUCUUUAUCAUCGUCAAACAGUGGUGCAGAUUUGCCUAUUGACUGUAAAUAUUCACUUGGUAAAAGAGAGGCAGAAAGUUUACGCGCAGCAAUUGAAUUACUACAUCACCAUAAUUUCAAUGUAGAGUCUAUUGAGAAGAUUCGUACUAAUUCAGAGCCUGGUGAAUUAGAUCUUCUCUACUGGACUAAUGAUCAUAUUAAUAAAUGGUUAUGUGACCUAGGCUUAAAAGAUUUUACAAAUGGAAUUGAAGCAAGUGGUUUACAUGGUGCAUACAUGGUACUUGAUGCAUCAUUUGAUUUUGAUGCUUUGAUUAAACGACUUCGAAUACCGACAAAUAUUGCAAAUGCGUGUAAAUUACAUGAACAUCUACAACGUGUACUGAAACCAGCCAGAAUUCGUGAAGGAAUAUCUAUGAAACAACAUGGAAUCUUUCGUCGUCGUAGUGCCAGUCGACCAAAUUAUUCAAGCAAUAUGAUGCAACGUAGUAUGACGUCAAAUAGUGCAAUUAAUGGGAGUUAUCUAUCUUUGACAAAUUCAUCAUCAAAUGAUACUAAUUAUCAUUCAUCAAUGAAUGGCAAUGUAAUUCGUUCGAAUCCUAACAAGAUUCUUACAUCUCCAUCAUCUCCACCUUCACUCCCAACUUAUUUAACUGGAUCAACUAAUCUAAUGAACAAUUAUGUUGAUAUAGCAUCAAAUAAUCCUAUUGGAUUAACACCAAAACGUGAAAAACGCAGAGUACUAACUGUCACUGGAGAUUUAAUGAAUCCUAGUCGCUUGACACGUGUUUUUACGCGUAGUCGUAAGACAUCACAAACUGUAAUAGAUUCUUCUUAUAAACAACUUCCAAAUGCACAAAUAUUAAGACAAAUGUCAAUUACAGGAUUAAAUGUUAAUAAUACAAGUGGUUCAAGUAAUAACUUGGACUGGAUAUCUGAUGUUGAAGAUAGAUCAAGUACAUUGGUUAGAAAACAGUCUGAGAAAAGUUUAACUAAUUCUACUGCAUCCAAAUCAAUAAACAGUAGUUCCAGUAAGGACAGUAAUAAACGUUCUAAAGCCCAAAAUGGAACUUCAGCGAAAUCUUCACUUUUAAAUCACCACGAUAAAAGCGAUAACACUACUGUCAAUAAUGCGGAUUCAAAAAAGACUACCCCAUCUAGGCAAGCUGUUCAGAAUUUUUGCAUGCUAGUGUUGGAAAACAUACACAUGAGCCACAUGAGGCACCAUUUGUGGAUCCUUUUGGUUCUGAUUGUGGUAGGCCUCGCAUACGUAUUUUACUUGGGCAGACAAAUCGUUUAAACUCAAUGGGUGGAACAUCUUUAACACCUACAAUUUCUACUGCUACAAUUAAGAAUAUUUUUGAUAAUAAUAAUAACAAUAAUGACAAUUUAACUAAUAUGCAUUUUUCAACAACAACAACAACAUCCUGUUGUGCUACACCUACUCACACGGCUAACAGUUUCACAUCAAAUAAGAGUACAGAUUCAAUAAAGAGUAUUGUACCUUCUUCAUAUAUGCCUCCAUCAAGUAAAACAAAUUCUUAAAAUUCACGCACAAAUAUCUUUAUUCACAUUUAUAUUUAUAUAUGAACCAUUUGAGAUGAUUAUUUGUAAUGAGUGAUGGCAAAAAAAAAAACUAACACGCUUUUUACUGUUGUUCUAUUUCCUUGUGAUUUCUUCAUUUUAACUUUUUAUUCUACAUAAAUUAUGAUGAAUAUUGAUUGAAGAAAUGGUCAAUUUUUCUUUCUUUUGUUUAUUUAUUUAUUUAUAAUUUACUUCUAUAUUUGUUGUUUUUUCCCAAUUAAUUGUAUAGUUUCUUUUCGUUUUGUCUACAGAAAUGACUGAUAAUGAGCAACUUAAAGCAUAAUUCAGUUCAUCUAUUCUAUUUUUGUGUACAUCAUCAAUAUUUAGAGUCUAUUCAAAAUGAAAAAGGUCGAUAAAAACGAUGACAGUAACUUAUGACAACGAUAUAUAUAUAUAUAAGCAUAUGAACAUGUAAAUAUACCACAUAUAUAUACAUAUUUUUUCUCUUAUCGAUGAUAUUGUUACAUAAAUCGACCUACCUUAUAAUGAAUAGGUAUCAUGUUAACCAGACUUUUUAAAUCCUGGUGCUUUUGUUGUUGUUGUUGUGUUUUUUCUUCAUUUUAUCCAGAAUUAUGACAGAUUCCUUCUUAAAUAAUAUUGCUUUAACUUAUUUAAUUGUGGAACAAUGAAUAUGUCUUUUGUUAAAACUAUUCUAAUCAUAAAACACAAUUUAAUUACAUAUUCAACAAAAAUAGUAUGAUAUAUGUGUGUUUCAUAAUUAAUGGGCGUCAAACAACCUAACAUUAAGGAU